AUGGCAAAGGUUUCCAGCAAGAAGACUUCGGUCAAGAAGACCGAGUCUCCCAAGACCAAGUCAAUCCCUCCUCAGCUGAUCGCCUCGGUCGCGGCUUUCUUGUCGGACAAUUUCCCGGAGACCAGCACCGCAUUCACCAAGGAAGCGGCAAAGUCGAUCAAGAAGAGUGAUGCGAAAAAUGUUCCCUCUCUCUUGGAACUCUUCCAGGCCUCGGAGAAGAGCGCUAGCGUGAAGAAGUCUGCUAGCCCCAGCUCAAGCAGCAGCUCCGAUAGCGACUCCGAUGUUGAGAUGGGCGAGGCCACUCGUUCGUCCUCUUCGUCUUCGUCUUCUUCCAGCUCUGACAGCGAUGCUGAUGAUGAGGAUGAUGAUGAGUCUCCUGCGGCUCCCGCUGCCGCCCCUGCUCCAGUUCAGAAGUCUGCUGGUGUGAAGCGCAAGGCUGAGUCUAGCAGCGAGUCUAGCAGCUCUUCCGACUCUGACUCGUCCUCUUCGUCCGAAGAUGACAGCCCUAAGGCCAAGAAGGCCAAGACUGCUCCUACCCCCAAGGAGGCUUCCUCUUCGUCUUCCUCUUCGUCUUCCUCUUCGUCCUCCGACUCUUCGUCCUCUUCUUCGGAUUCUUCCAGCUCUGACUCCGAUUCCUCGUCGAGCUCUUCCUCGUCCGAUUCAUCCUCUGAUUCGUCGUCCGAUUCUUCUUCCGAGUCCUCUUCCGACUCUUCCUCAUCCUCCGACUCUUCUUCCGAGUCCGAGUCCGAGUCCGAGUCCGAGAAGGAAUCCAAGAAGGCUCUGAAGAAGGCAAAGAAGACUCCUCUCCCUGAGUCUGACUCUUCUUCCGAAUCGGAGUCUUCAUCAUCCGACAGCAACACCCUCGCGGCUUCUCCCGAGACCGAGACCAAGCCCGCUAAGAAGGCCGUCGAGGCCGUCGAGGCUGUCCAGACCACCUCCUCCAGCGCCAGCCCUGCUCCUGGCAACGGACCCGUCAAGAAGAAGCACACCGGAGCUCGCCCCACUCCUCUGGCUCUCCUGAGCGAGCUGCCUCAUGACCACCCCUCCAACGACUACAUGUCGUACGCCUACGCAGACCGCGCCUGGAAGGACCUGUCUGUGACUCGCGGCAAGGGAUUCACCAAGGAAAAGAACAAGAAGAAGCGUGGCUCCUACCGUGGCGGUCCCAUCGAUAUUGCCCCCGGCACGACCUCUUUCAAGUUCGAGGACUAA